AUGAAAGUGUGCAUACGUUGUUUUACAUGCAUUCUGCUAAUUUUUCUCUGCGCCGUAACGGCAUAUGGGAGUGCCGAAAGGUGGGUGGAUAAUGAAAAUGCAAAUGGUGUGGGUGAACGUGGCAGAUCUCUAUUGAGCACAACUGAUGCUGAUGAUUUUGAGGGGAGGUUGAAUAAGGAGCAUCAUAGGGGAAGUCUGAGAAGUGUGUACUCAGUGGGGAAGGGGGUUGAUCCAGGCAUAAAUGAACCGGCAGCGGAAGCAUCCUUUUUAAGCGUGCGUAGUGCAGACACGGAAGAGGAGGGUGGAAGCGACGAUGAUGAUGACGAAGACGAGAGAAAGGUUAAUGUAAGCAUGAGUGACCAAAACGGAGAGCUGACGUACAACGCGAACGACACGGACGUGAACCAAAUGGUCAUACUUAAAGAUAUAACUGAUAAAGUUAAGAGAGAAGUAACCGAUAUGGACAUGGACAGAGUUAACGAAGUUGAUAUCCCAAGCAUUGCCGACGAGGAGAGAAAGAUAAACGAAUUUUAUGAGUACGAAAAUGAGACAUUAAAAAACAUUCACGAAAAGAAAAAAAACAUUUACGCAAUGAUUAAUGAAGAUUUGGAUGAGCUACUGAAGCCAGCUCAGAGGGAGUAUAUUAUGGUGGCUAGAAGUAUAAAAAGAAAGCUGCUCCAUGAGUACGAGCAGAUCCUUCAGGAGGAGUUAUCACAAGAGUAG